AAUUUUGAACAGACGGAGAGCAGCCAGGCAGGAGCUGCGUAUCUUCAGCGCUGCCGUUCAUAAUCCGAGACGUCGGUUCAAUAAAUCCUUCCCCGUGUGAUGGAUAUUUUUUACCUCUUGUCAUAUCGGGUAAAGGGGAAACUUUAAGCGCUGUAUUUUUGUUGAUGAAUAUGAAUUCCCGUGUUAUCACGCCAGGACCCUACCGGGCCACCAAACUGUGGAAUGAGGUGACUCAAUUGUUUCGGGCUGGUAUGCCCCUGAGGAAACAUCGGCAGAACUUCCGGCACUACGCCUCCUGCUUUACCGCCUCUGCCGCUGUGGAGUGGAUGCACCAGCUGCUGCGUUGCAACAACAAUUUUGGCCCUGAUGUCACCAGGCAGCAGACGGUGCAGCUCCUGAAGAAGUUUCUGAAGAACCAUGUUAUUGAAGAUGUGAAGGGUCGCUGGGGCACGGAGGAUCUGGAGGACAACAACAUGCUGUACAGAUUCCCCUCCUCUUCCCCUCGGAAGCCCAUUCCAUUUUCCGCUUCAGGCUCGGCCCCUGGCUCUAUUAAGAAAAGGCCCUCAUUCAGGGACAAGGAAAGUUUCUUCAGGUUUAAAAAUAUCAAGAAGCAGCACGAGAAAGAGACACAGGAAAAUGUAGACCCCGCCCUCCAAGCAGGAGGAGAGAAUCGUCCAAUAGGAGAGCAGCAGAUGCCAAGACGAGAGCUAACGGUGGAGGAUGAACAGGAGAUCUGGAAAGACAUCACCCUGACCCACCUGCAGAGGAUUCUGGGUGUUGCAUCUCUUGAUGAGGUUUUAGACCAACGUUACGUAAACCCACAGAACAUCAUCCAUAAUAUGACCAAAGUCAACAAGCACGGAGUGGUCACACUGGACGACAAGACCAAUGACCUUCCACAUUGGGUUUUGUCUGCCAUGAAGAGCCUGGCCAACUGGCCGAAGUAUGACAGCGCUCAGCCAUCCUAUCCAGGCUUUGAGCGGGAUGUCUUCAAAACGGUGUCUGAUUACUUCUACAGCCUUUCAGCGCCCGUGCUCACUUACGAACUGUAUGAACUAUUUAUCAACGUCCUGGUGUUUUGUGGCUACGUUGCGGCGCCCACAACACACCAACUUGGGAAACGCAAGAAGCCCGACCUCCCAUCAGCCCCCCCUCCGACCAAGACCUCUUUCCGCUCCACUGAAUGUCUUCUCCUGUCGCUGCUCAGGCAGCGGACAUGUGACGAGACCGAGUCGCCAAUGAGAGAGGUGCUUGGCGGGAAACUUCAGUCACGGCUGGCGGCGCUGAAAGGAGGCAUUGCCAGCAUGGGUGACGGUCAGCUGGGAGGCAGCUGCACGAGUCUGAGUACAGUUGGUUUUGCGAGGCCUCAAACCAAGAGUUGCUCGCUGGAAACUAUCCUCGAUGACUCCGCCCCUCUCACCAGGCAACAGCUGUUCCUGUCUAACGACAGCCUGGCGUCCUGUGCCUAUGGCAGCACGAGCCACGAUGACAGCGCUGCCAUCACAACGGCCCACAGUCAUACAGACUUGACAUCUGUAUCCAAAGCAACCCCCUUCACUUGUGAAAAUGCUCCAGCAGGUACAACCAGAAGCAGACUUUCCAUAGCCGGCCCGUCGGCGGCACACAGGUUGCGUUCAUCUCGGCCACACAGCGCAGGCAGCUGUCUGGACAUAGUCAUAGAAAGCAGGGAGGAAGACGCCAAGGAGCCCAAGUUUCAGGGUCGCGCGACCAGCUGCCUCAACGUGAACACUCCCGCGGACCAGCAUCACUCCUCAGCUUCACGUCCUCCCUCGCUCUACUCCCAUCUUCCCUCCUUUUCCUCCUAUCGUCUUUUUCCCGCUUUCUCUUCAUCUGCUUUGGCCAAAGCACAAAGGUCUCAUGCCACUCCAGGACCCAGUGGGCCCAGACCCGCCUGCAGUAUCUCGAAUCUUUGGCCGCUCCCUCCACCCGCUGUUGCCCGGCGCUGCAUCAGCUCACUGGAUGUGUCAAAGCCGCCUCGACUCGUUUCCCUGUUCAAACCGCCUGUCUGUGUGCCCACCAGCAUCUUCCAGCACCCCCAACCCAAACCCGAGCACAGCCUUCUUCAGCCUCAGUGUGAGCGUGUGGCCAUCGAGGCCCUGCAGCUUUGCACCCUCCUCCUCCCCCCCAACUCCCGCAGAAAGUUGCAGCUCCUCAUGAGGAUGAUGUCGCGCAUCAGUCAGAACGUGGACAUGCCCCGCCUCCACCCCGCCAUCGACACCCGAACAUUGAUGGUUCACACGUUUUCAGGCUGUGUCCUGGGCAGCGCAGAGGAGUGUGAUUUGGACGAGUUGUUAGCGACCAGACUGAUUUCAUUUCUAAUGGACCACCAACAAAGCAUCCUCUCGGUCCCAGAUUACCUGAUCAGUGCCAUCAAUGACCAUAUACAGUACCUGCGCGCUGUACAGGUCCCGAUCGAUGGAGUUUCCAAUGUUGAUGGCGACAAUGCAGUUUGCGUUCCGAUGCCCAUCUACGCGUUCUGCCGUCAGAUUAGCGGCGCUGAGUUUGAACAGCAAAAGCUGACGUCUUCCCAGAAGGCCAUGGAGGAGUUGCUGGAGAUGCUGCUGACCGACCAACACAUGAGCGAGAAGGACCGUCGCAAGAAGCUGAAGCAGUUUCAGAAGCAGUACCCAGACAUCUACAGUCGUCGGUUCCCCUCCUCAGACGGGGACAACAAGGCCGACAAGCCAAAGAUUAAACCUCCUCUCUUCAACAUCAGGAAGACAAAAGCCUUCAGCAUCAGGAACUAAACUGAGCACACAGGUUGUCGCCAUCGUAGAAGCCGCAGUCGUGACUUCACUGAUGCUAAGACUGUGGAGAGUUCUGUGUCUGUGUGUACGUGUGCGUGUGUAAAAUCGGUACUCCUAUUGUGUGUAUGUGUGUGUGUGUGUGUGGGGACCAGUGUGAACAAGCCUCAGAUUGCAUUUUGGGAGAAAAAUGAUGUGCAAUGUUUAAGAUCACUGGUCCAUAUGGGAAUAAUUAGAUCAUAGAUGUGUUCAUUUAUAUGUCUGACAGCAUUGGGAGCAGUGAUGAAUAGGUACUUCCGCGAGGUGUCUAUUGUCUAGUGAACUGUUUUUAUAAACUUUUAUGAACAUUUUUAUAUCAGAAUCUCGAGUUUUGUUUGAAAUGAACUGAACCUUUUUUCUCAAACUCUAUUCUUGUGUUUUUCGUCCUCUCUUUCGUGUGGUGGGAUUUUAAAGGAGUUUUAAGGUCAUGUUUUAGUUUCUUUUGAUUUUGAGUAUCUCUAUUUUUUGAUUGUUCUUCCCAGUUUCUUUUAUUCCUUGUGUCCGUGUGUCUCAUCUUGAACUCAUCUCUGCUUAGUUUAUUGGAUAGAGAAAUAUUUUUGCACUGGAUGUAGUCAUUGUAAAUUGCCAUGGCAAUGAUCAAAGUAGUUAAUUUAUACUUAUUUAAUGCUUAUCAGCCUCCCCACAGCAGGGCUCACCAGACGGCCAUCAUAUGUUGGGUAAAUGGUUGCUGAUGGAUAUGAAUACAACUUCCCAUGAACAGCAACGGCAAUUUGCUUUCCCUUUCCAUUCAUUUCCCUGAGGGGCGCUAAAAUGUAUUUAGUAAACUGAAGUGCAAUACAUAACUCUUUAUUUCAAAUGUCUGAAGUAACAGCUCUUUAAAAGAAAAAUCUCAUAUGAAGUAUUAGUUCUUCCCUGAUAUGUUUGUCUAUACCUCAGAUCACAUGGUGUGUGUGUGUGUGAGACACGUGCACUCAUCGACAGUGUUUUUUGUCUUUUACAGAGAGCUGUUGUGUUGUACUCCCACACAGUUGUACUCUUCCUCCACAUUGUUUACUAUGCAAAGUCCUGGGAAAUAAAUCUGAUCAAGCUGUUAUAUUUAUGUGCCACUGUUUGGAACUGUUUGUGUGAAAUUAUGUGUGUGUGAUGUGCCAUAAAUACUGUACACACACUAUAUUACACCUGGUACUAAAGUUGUGACUGGUAUUUGUUGUUUCUCCGUUUUAUUUACCAAUUGUGAGGUAUGUGGUCAUAGGGACACACAACUGGAAGGUUUUAAGUAAAUCCACUUUAAUUCAAUUAUAUAAACUCCAUUUUGAAAGUUGCUUAUUUUUCUAGAAUUUGCAGAAUUAAAUGGUUGUUAAAUGUA